UGUAAUUCUGUAUGCACAAACUCAAAACAAUGUUUAUAAUAAAACGAAGGGAGUAUUAGAUUGGUUGCAGUGGAUUUCAGAUGGAAAUAUUUACCGACAGAUCAUAAUUUACAUGGAAAAAUAGAUUUUCACAUGCUCACACUCAUUUGGCAAAACAAUUCGCACGGACAUUUUGAGAUUUAGAAAUAAAAUCUACAUAAAUAACGUUAAACUGAUCUCGAAUAUUUUGGAAAUACUGCAAUUCUAAUCUAAAAGCAGGCCAAUCCAGAGCUCUACCAUCUUGACAAGAUUCAUACAAUCUGUUUAAAAUUUCACUGAUGAUAUAUACUUUGGUCCUUUAGACACAUGACAUAGCCCAUAACAACUCAUCUAGAUCACAUUUAUGUAUAGAGAUCGUACAAAAUUGAUAACUAGAUAUUAUAUGCCACUUUUGAACUAAUUACGAAGAUCUCUGUUUAAUCCACUAUAAAUGGCAAAACUAGUUGCCAUAUUCACUACUAAAAUCUCAAUCAAUAAAACAAUAAAGAAAAAAAAAGAUUUGUUCUUCCUCUUUUCUCCUCGUACGACUCAACAUAAAUAAAAACACAAUGAUUUUUGUCUUAAAUUGGUCAAAUUGCUAAAAAUAAAAAAAUAUAUAAUCAGAAACAAACAAAUAUAAGCAGCAUUAACGUAAUCGGGUCUAGUCACGACGACUAUUAUUACUGUGAUCCCCGCAAAGUCCCAAAGAGUCGAUCGAAAUCUCAAAUUUUGUAUUUUUUGUCUUUUUUAUGUUACGUGAAAAAAAACAAAAAAGUUAUUUAAAUAUUCAAUUUUCUGAAACACUAUGAUCGGGGAGAGGAAUAAAAACUCAUAUAUCCCUAAGCUUUUGGUGUGUGUUUGAUUGAUAAUGGCGUGACACCUUUUUUCUUCUCAACAACAAUCUCAUCUUCUCACUCCAAUUGCUUGCUUCUCACUCCUCUCUCUCUCUCUCUCUCUUUAGAUUCUUUAUUUCUCCCACGCGUUUUCUUCCUUCUUCCAAUUCCGUCUCGAAAAAUGGGAAACUGCUUCUCUACUUCCUCUGUAGCUGAGAUCUCUCCGCUUGACCUCGCCGUCAAACCUCCCCUCGCCGUCGUAGCCUCUCCCGCCGCCGCCGCACAAACUCACCUUCCCGCUCCUCCGACUCGACUCCCAAUCCCUCCGCCUUCAGCUAAGGAAACGACAGCUACGGCGACGGCGACCUCCACCGUCACAGUGAAACUAUACGGACCGCCGAACAGUCUGGUAACUUCAUACCUCCGCUUCGCACUCCUCCACAAGAGAGUAAACCUCCGCUUCGUCCCCUCCGAAGACCAGAAGCCGACGAUCCAAAUCGGAUCGGAGAAAACGUCGGGAACUCAAGACGCUCUCCUCCGCUACAUCGAGGAAAAGUUCCCGGAGCCGAGGCUGAUGCUAUGGAAGUUCAACCUCGAAGGCUUCGACGAGGCGACGCCGCCGGUAGUGAAGACGAUCUGGCUUCAGCACAGGAGCAUGACGUGGCACGUGGAGAGGAUGCUGAGGUGGUCGGAGGAUCUAGCGGCACGUGGAGGGAGGAGAGCCGUUGAUCCGUCCGUGGGGACGCCGAAGAUGGAGAUUAGGAAGUUCGCGAAGAGCUACACGCAGUUGCAGGAGAUGAUGCUUGAGCACGCUCAGAUGGAGGAGAGGAUCCUCUUCCCUGUUCUUGAAUCCGUUGAUCGAGGGAUGUGUAAGAGUGCAAGCGCAGAACAUGGGAGAGAGUUACCGUUGAUGAAUGGGAUCAAGGAGUAUAUAAAAUCGAUUGCUGUAAUGGAUUCUGGGAUAUGUUCUGAGGAGCUCUUUAGUCUUGCUUCUCGUUUCAAAUCACUACAGAUGAUGUGUAAAGCUCAUUUUGAAGAGGAGGAGAAAGAGUUGCUACCGAUGGUGGAAGCUGCAGAGAUGGGGAAAGAGAAGCAGAAGAAGCUGAUGAAUCAAGGGUUGGAAGUUAUGAGAGGGACUCAUACUAAUGUCUUUGAUUUCCUCCUCCAAGGUCUCACCCCUCAAGAAGCUAUGCAGUAUCUUGACUUGCUUAUGAACUUUGCUGAUCCAGAUCUUAUCUCAUCUUUCAUGUGCCAACGAGACAUUGUUGAUUGAUAUUGUCUUUUGUGAAAAACUCUUGUCGUGUUUGGUGAAGUGUAUUUGGUGUAAAUAGAGUUCAGAUUGUCGAUGCUGGUUUGUUUACUCAUUUUCAUAGGUAAAACAAAUAUGUUAUGUAACUCGUAAGAGUGCACAUUCUAGUUUUCAACAUUGU